UGAGUCAAAUUAACCCACACUUCUUAUUUCUCAAAGCCACUUUUUUAAUCACGACGUAGUCCGCUUGGCAGAAAAGGGGGGGCUGAGGUUUGGUUCACUGCACCACAUUACAGAAAAACGUGUCCUAGUUCAUAUUUGAAGUGUAAACCAGCCUAUCUCUUUUUACGCACACCCUACUCCAGUGAAGGCAGCAGCAGUUCAGAUCAGAUUUCACAUUCAGCUCCGACCAGCUGGGAGAGAGACAGCCAGAGCAAGAGGGCUUGUUUCUCCGCUUCCCUCCGAUACUCCGCCGUCUUUGGCGAGCUAGCCGCGCCAGAAAAGCGCUGCGUGGACCCGGGCGUACGCAAUAUUAACGCGCAGUCGGGAUAUUUUUUUGCAGGAUUUCAGCGAGACUGACAGAGAAUUAGAUAGAGGGAAGAGAUGGACGACCAGCCGAGGUUGAUGCACUCUCAUACGGGGGUAGGCAUGGCAGGGCACCCCGGCCUGUCGCAGCAUAUGCAAGAAGGCACUGGAGGAACAGACGGCGAUGGAAGAAAACAGGACAUUGGAGACAUUUUACAGCAAAUUAUGACCAUCACAGAUCAAAGUCUGGACGAAGCCCAAGCCAGGAAACAUGCUUUGAAUUGUCACAGAAUGAAGCCUGCUCUUUUCAAUGUCUUGUGUGAAAUCAAAGAAAAAACAGUGCUGAGUAUCCGUGGCGCUCAGGAGGAGGAGCCCCCAGAUGCCCAGCUCAUGCGAUUGGACAACAUGCUGCUGGCAGAGGGUGUAUCUGGUCCAGAGAAAGGGGGUGGUUCGGCAGCGGCGGCAGCUGCGGCUGCAGCCUCAGGAGGGGCGGGAGCUGACAACUCUGCAGAGCACUCCGACUACCGGGCCAAGCUGUCCCAGAUCAGACAGAUCUACCACACAGAGCUGGAGAAGUAUGAACAGGCAUGUAAUGAGUUCACCACCCAUGUGAUGAACCUGUUGAGAGAGCAGUCACGCACACGGCCCAUCUCGCCCAAAGAGAUCGAGCGCAUGGUGAGCAUCAUCCACCGCAAGUUCAGCUCCAUCCAGAUGCAGCUCAAACAGAGCACCUGCGAGGCCGUCAUGAUCCUGCGCUCCCGCUUCCUUGACGCCAGACGGAAAAGACGAAACUUCAACAAGCAAGCAACAGAGAUCCUAAAUGAGUAUUUCUACUCGCACCUCAGCAACCCGUACCCCAGCGAGGAGGCUAAAGAGGAACUGGCAAAGAAGUGCGCCAUCACCGUCUCCCAGGUUUCCAACUGGUUCGGAAAUAAAAGAAUCAGAUACAAGAAGAACAUCGGCAAGUUCCAAGAAGAAGCCAACAUGUACGCUGCGAGAACUGCUGUGAAUGCAGCUAAUGCGUCCUCACACGGAAGCCAAGCGAAUUCACCCUCAACUCCAAACUCUGCAGGUUCUGCUGGCUCUUUUAACAUGUCAAACUCCGGGGACUUGUUCAUGAACGUGCAGUCUCUCAAUGGGGACUCAUACCAGGGGGCUCAGGUGGGAGCCAACGUGCAGUCACAGGUGGAUACCCUUCGCCAUGUUAUCAGUCAGACAGGCGGAUACAGUGACGGACUCACAGCCAACCAGAUGUACAGUCCGCAGGGCAUCAAUGCAAACGGUGGCUGGCAGGAUGCUCCAACCCCCUCAUCAGUGACUUCACCUACAGAAGGACCUGGAAGCGUUCACUCUGACACCUCCAACUGAUCCCCCCUCCCCAUCCUCCAUCUUCCUCCUCCUCCACUACCACCUCCGCCGCUACAGUACCACAUCCCCCCAUCCCCCCAGCCCCGUCAGGACUGGACGUGACGUACGCGGUCACAAAGCAGGAGACAUCUGGGGUCGGGGAGGGGGGGGUGGGGUCUAGGAUGACGCUCUCACCAUUAUGGACAAAUUUCCACUUUUCCUAUGUGGACCACCGUGACACCGUUAGCAGCCUGUGUAGGGGACUCAUAGCCACACUUUACAGUUUGUACAGUUUCCACAUGACGUCCAUGUUGCCUCUUUGUAUUUCUCUUACAGUGUAUUACACAGUAGGCACACCAUUAGCAGUAUAUUGGCCCAUGUCUUGUAAAUUGAAAAUGCUUUCACACUACCUCUAUCAAAAACAAGAACAGAAGAAACAACAACAACAACAACAACAACAACAGACGGAAAUUAUUUGAAACGCUUCACUUUUUCCUCUUAGGAAUUUUUGUAAUUACUGAAAUUUAUACCAGCCCAUGCCCUUUCAUUUUGCCUCUGUCAAAACUUUUAUGACUGUGCUCACAGGUUUUGGUUUGUUUGUCUCUUUGUUUUGUUUGUUUAUCUAUACAGUGCCAAAGUUCAACCCUGGAGGUGAAUUUUGAUAAUGCUACAUUUUGCUUUUUUAUGUCAUGACUUCUCACAUUUUUCAUGCCAGACUUUGUGAAAUAACAUUUUCUGUUAGCUGUGUACCGACCAUAUUAGUCACUUACUACCCACCCUCAUUUUACACAGUUUGUAUUCAGAACUUUUGCAACAGACAUUGACAUAUAAGGCAUUUUAUAUUUUAUUGCCAGAGUAGUAUGUAUCCUGUACAUACACAGUACUGUAGUAUGGAGAAUCGUGUUUGAUCUGCAGUCUGUAAGCAAACAAUAUAGCAAACUCACAAAAAGGGGGGGUUGGGUCCCAGCAUGAAGGACAGGCUGGGAUCAACUCCCUUUUCUUAAGCUAUGGUUUGAUAUAUUUACAGCAUCUGGAGAAAAUUGACUCAAACCGUAAAAAUUGAAAAUUUGACCAGAAACACUAAAUCGACGACUACAUCAGCAACAAUUAUGACACGUCAGUAUGUAUUAAAGCACAAUAACACCUAAUGAUUGCAUUCGAAGGGUAACAUUUGUAUAUGUCAAAGAGAAAAUAAUACAGAGGAGAAUCUUUAGUAAGACUUAAAUAUAAUACUCAUAUAUUGAACAAAUAGUGUACAUACAGUACAUUAUCACUCAUUGUCAGUGUGCAUCAAUGCGAUCAAUGUAGCCAAAUACUGCUGGUAACCAAAUCCACUUGUGGGCAAAAAAAUAAAUAUCUCAAUCUUAUUCUUAAUCUUAAUUAUGAUUUAAAGGAACCACGUUGUAGAGAUUUAACACAUUGCAUGUCUUUGUUCUGAAUUUGCAUUCAGUUUUCAUUUGGUGCUGAAAUAAUUAGGGUGUUCAUCCUUUCAACAUUCAAGGGACCUUUUUUUUUUCUCUAAAAUAACACACUGAAAAAGCCACAUUCAUAACGAUAAAACAAUCCAAAAUGUGAAACUACAUUUGUGACCUUUGUUGUAUGUACAGUAUAGUAUUUGGUCUGACAUUAUUACAAUAGUCCUCUUGAGAUAGCAGCAUUUACCAUACUUUGAUACCAAAAAAAUGGCAGAAUUUUCAUUAUCUACAUUGGGAUCAGCUUUAUCAAUAUUUUGUUUUUCCUCUUUUUUUGUAGGAUUUUAUUAUCUAUGAUACUAGUGAGCAUCUCAAAAUGCUCGACUCUGUACUCAAAGCCAAAAAAACAAAACAAAAACAUGCCGUUGGAAUACAGUUUAUAGAAAUUAAAUUCAAACAAAUACCCUGAAGGCACACAGAUCCAGAUGAUGUUUGGAUAUAUUUUUAUGUCUCCAUGUUGUGAAUAACUCCUAUCAGUUUUUUUUUUCCUCCUUGUUCUUCAUUUUGAUAUUCUUUUGCUUGGUUACAGGACUGUUUUAUUUUUUAUGCUACCAUUAUAUGUGAAUUAGCCCAAGAAUGCUCUAUAUAUGUAGAUAUGCACCUUUACUCUUGUUUUGCAUCUUUGAAUUUGGACAGUAUUCAUUUUAAUGCAGCUUAAUGUCUUUAAAAACAAGCAUAUGGGGGUCCCAAAUUAUUUUGGGGGGAAAAAAAAUUCUCUCUGGUGUUUUGUACUGUCAGACCAUCGACUCGAGCCUUUAAAAUGGCUACUGUCCCGAUGAAGGUGACGUGAAAAGUUAGUGUUAACAUCGCCCUGUGGCUUUGUUUUUUCAGCUUAACUGAAUCCUUACAGCUUCAGUCUGAUCCCAGCUAAUAUACAAAAUAGUUACAGCAUUGAGUUCACCACAGACUGAAAACCACUGCGUUCUUUUUUCUUUCUUUCUUUUUUUUUUUACUCAGUGCAUUUGUAUUUAUUAUACAUGAAUGAAAACAUAGAUGUGUCAGAGUUACAGAGUGGAGGGAAACCAUUGUGUGAUUAUUACAGUAAGAAACCAACUCUGGACUUGCGAUUGGUCAGAGUGGUUCUCUCUCGGUUCACCUGCGCCGCAUUAAAGUCGAAGACCACAGAAGUGAUACACUCGUCUCAAUCCCGACUUCUUGAAAAAAGUUGAUUGAACUGACAGCACUAGCCAUGCCGCAAAACAGAAGGAUUGUUUUUGCACCCCUCAAAAAAGGCUUAACUCUACUUUUCACAUUGCCUGUCAAAUAUUAUCGAAGCUUCAUGUAAUGAUGCUUUUAGUUUUUGAAUAUAAAAGGAAAAGAGACAUAAAAAGAAAAAGAAACUUAACAAUUUGUAAAACAUAAAAUGUUUUAUUUGUUGCAUGUCUUUUGUUCUUCAAUAAAAUAACGUACUGCAGUGUUUUGAAUGUUACUUCUUUUUUAUAAGGAUUUCAGAGUGAAAUCGUGGAGCCUUUUUCUUGACAGGUUUUAACUUUUAAGAUCUCUGCAUAUGUAAAAAGGUAUCAAAUGAAAAACUAUUGUCUUUUUAAUUCCAAUUCAAAACCUGUUUUCUGUGGAGAAAAAUAGCUAAAAGGUGUAGGUUUUAUGGUCUCUUAAUUUGUACUGGCAAUGCAUAUCCCAAAUAAAUAGUUUCUUUUGUUGCAUAAA